AAUUUUCAUUUGUUGACAGCUCAAGCAAGCGAGCAACGACUCUCUCCCUCUCUCUUUCUCGCUUUCCUGCAAAACUUGAGCAAUGGCGUCGUAUGGGUAUGACUACCAAUACCAGCCGCCGGCCCCGAGAGCUCCCAUGGAAGUGAAAGUCACCGUCAGUUCAGCCAAGGAUCUCAAGAACGUGAACUGGCGACACGGUCCCCUCAAUCCCUAUGCGGUCAUCUGGGUAGAUCCGAAAUCCAAAUGCACCACCAACGUCGACGGCAAUGGCGACACCUCCCCCACUUGGGACGAGACCGUCACCCUUCCUCUCACUGCUCCGAUCGACGAUGGCGUACUCUUCAUCGACAUCGUCCAUGCCAAGGCCGAUGAAGACACCAAACCCCUGAUCGGAUCGGCCCGAGUCCCUCUCAAGGAGAUAGUGGACGACGUCGGCAUUGGUGAGUCAGCCCACAAGACGUUGACGCUCCGCCGCCCAUCCGGCCGUCCACAAGGGAAGUUAGAGCUCAAAGUUGUCGUUCGUGAUACUCGCUAUCGUGCGCCGGAUCCGUAUUACGCUCCACCAUAUGGGGUCCCACCACCCGCUACUUCUCGUGACUACGCCAGCCCUUACGGAAACACAUAUGCUCCUCCGCCGCCGCCGCCGGUUACAUCAUACGCGGCGCCGCCGUCGGGGUAUCCUUCUGCCUAUGGUGCUCCUGCGUAUGGACAGCCUGCGUCGUAUGGACAGCCGGCAUCUUAUGGACAAUCGCCAUCGUAUGGACAGCCGGCGUCUUAUGGACAAUCGGCGUCGUAUGGACAGCCGGCAGCGUAUGGACAGCCGGCGGUAGAGGAGAAGAAGAAGAGUAAAUAUGGAAUGGGGACUGGAUUGGCUGUUGGUGCGGUUGCAGGGGUGCUUGGUGGAUUGGCGCUGGCGGAGGGUGUGGAUUACGUGGAGGACAAGAUUGAGGAUGACGUGGCGGAGAAGGUCGAGGAUGAUCUUGGCUAUGAGGACGAUGACUUCUGAGCGCAACAUGUGAUCAUGACCCAUUUGGUCCUAGUUGAUGACUUGAUGUGGAGCUUUUGGGAUUUGGGUCUUGCUGUUACUUUUAUGUAGUGAGAGGGUAAGGUGUGAUCUAUGACCAUUCAUGGGAUGAUGGAAUUUUCGUCUUCCCACUUUGGUUGAAUUGAAAUAUUGCUUUAGAGAUCAGACCAAAGUGAAAUAAAAUUGGUGAUACUUCUUUUUCUCAAA